CCACAAGAUUGCCCUAACCAAACAUUUUUACAAUAUUGUUGUUUUUACUAAAAGAAAUGUUUUAAAGAAUGAAAAAUGUAUUUAUUUUUAUUCCCGAUAUACUAGGCUACGAUCAAACACGAACUUUGAGAGGUUUCGUUAAGCACUUCGAGAACACCACCAGUUUUUACAUUCUUACCGAAACCUGUUACCCAAUAAUAGGAUUUUGCAAUGACAACACCUCGCAUAAUAAUCAUUCGCUUUCACAAAUACAUGUUGACUGUAACACCGGGCAAAUCUCAGUGAACGGCAUCGACAAGGAUGCCAAAAUUACGUGUGUUAUGUACGAUUACGUCGCUUUCAAGAGAUGCAACUUGAGCAUGUUCAACCGCAACAAUCACGGUGAAAAUUUUUCGACCCUAAUUCACGCUGUACAAAACGAAAAGUUAACGUCUUCAAUUAACGGGCAUAGCUUCUCUUUCAUAAUGUUAUUCGUGGCUAUCAAUAUUCUCUUAAGAUCCUUGAGUAAUUUUCACAAGCUGCUGAAACAUUUACGUUUCAUGUUACGAUAUUCGGCCACCGCGUUACAUCUGCAGCAAACCGUGUACACGUUGAAAUGGGCAUUAAAACUGUUGAAACGUCGACAGUCAGUUUCGCUGUACGCUGGUAAUGUUAUAAUGUCGAAGAUUACCGAUUUUUUGUGUGGUCUGGUGGUGUUAUACUUCAUUGUGCUGUACAAAGCUGUAAUAAUACACCUUGCGAGCGAGAUCACAGAGUCGAUCAUUCAAGCUUUGGAAGACUUACUAAAUUUUCUGAUGGGUUCACCGGCCGGAUUAAAGUUAAACUCCACGUUUAACUUAACUUUGGGCACUUUCUUCAGUUACCACGUUACUUUGUGGCGUGCCUUUCUUCAUACGACUACUCCGUUACUGCACCUCGCUUUAUACCUUCUCGUAUUUCCAGGUGCUUGCGGUUUGUCGUUUCAGGUCGCCUUAUUGUCCGAUUUAGUUGCAUUUAGCAGCUUUCACAUCUAUUGCAUAUACGUCUAUGCGGCAAGAUUGUACGGUGUUCAAAUUAAAGGUCUCAUUUCGUUGUGGCGCUUAUUUAUCGGCCGUAAGUACAACCCACUUCGAAAACGUGUAGAUUCGCACCAAUACACCCAUAAUCAGUUGUUCGUUGGAACGCUAGUAUUCACGGUAUUGUUGUUUCUGUUUCCGACAACCUUUUUGUACUAUGCCGUAUUUGCAGUGCUUAGAAUAGUACUACUUUUGCUAAAUGGCCUUCUGUUGAGAUUACGCCAUUGUCUGCAAUGUUUUCCGAUGUACAUGAUGAUUUUGUGGCUGAAAAAUUCCCCAUCCGUACGAGGCGCUGUAAAGCUGUCACUAAUGCAUAAUUCCCCGGUGGAAGGCUGCGAGAUUUACGUGUCGUUAUUAACGUUACCAUUUUGGGACAACAUGCGGAAUACGCUACCAGAAACUUUAACGUCGGUUAAACCUGUCUCUUUGAAAGUUGUAUUUAGAGCUAUUGUGAUGGGGUCCCUAAUUUGAAUACUUGAAGUAGUAUUGUUAAUGUGGUGGUAUUAAAUAAAUAUGUAAUUGUGA